CCCGCGCAUGCGCCUCCCCCUCCCGCCCGAGCGCGUCUACUCGCUGUGGUGCCUCAGCUUCGCGCUCCCGCCGACCUCCGGUUCCUGACGUGCGGAGGACGCUCGCGAGCCGCAGCACCCGGGAGGAGGGGCUCAGCGGAGAGGCGCGGGCCGGGCGACAAAGGAUGCCACGGAGAAAAAAAAGGUUAAAGAAGCCUCUGAAGUUCAGAACCUGGAGAAGAAAGAUGCAGAAACUUCCAAUUCUGUCAAUGUGAAGAAGAAGCGUAGACUUGAGGAUGCAUUCAUUGUGAUAUCUGAUAGUGAUGGAGAGGAACCGAAGGAGGAGAAUGGAUUGCAGAAAACGAAGACAAAAGUGUCGAAUAGAGCAAAGUGUUUGGCUAAAAGAAAAAUUGCACAAAUGACAGAAGAAGAACAGUUUGCUCUGGCUCUCAAAAUGAGCGAGCAGGAAGCUAGGGAGGUGAACAGCCAGGAGGAGGAAGAAGAGGAGCUCUUGAGGAAAGCCAUUGCAGAAAGCCUGAAUAGUUGCCAGCCUUCUGAUGCUUCUGCUACCAGAUCUCGACCUCUGGCCACUGGACCAUCUUCACAGUCCCAUCAGGAGAAAACCACAGACUCUGGGAUCACUGAAGGCAUAUGGCAGCUGGUACCUCCACCACUGUUUAAAGGCUCACAUAUCAGUCAGGGAAACGAGUCUGAGGAAAGAAAGGAGCCUUGGGACCACACUGAAAACACUGAAGAGGAGCCGGUCUCUGGCAGCUCAGGAAGCUGGGACCAGUCAAGCCAGCCAGUGUUUGAGAAUGAGAACGUUAAAUGUUUUGACAGAUGUACUGGCCGCUUGGCUGAGCACACACAGUGUGGGAAGCCACAGAAUGAAUGUGGCCAAGGAGAUCAGGCUAGUGAAAAAAAUGAAGGCACCUCAGAAGAAAUGGGAGAUGAAGACAAAGAGGAGAGGCAGGAAUCUAGGGCAUCUGUCUGGCACUCAAAAACCAAGGAUUUCCAAGAAAGCCCAGUUAAAAGCUUGAAAGAGAAACUUUUGUUGGAGGAAGAACCAACAACCAGUCAUGGUCAGUCUUCCCAAGGGCUAUUUGUUGAAACUUCUGAAGAAGGAAACCCUGCACCUGCCUCACAAAGCUUUCCUACUUUGACCUGUAAAAGAAGCUUGGUCCUUAGGCCAGAGAGUUCUGCAGAGGAAAUCAUUGUGUGUCCUGAAACACAGCUAUGUUCCCCUGAAACUUUUGACCUUGAAAAAGAAGACUUUCCAGGCAGCAGAGAGACCCCAGGUGAAGUAAGAAUAAUGGCAGAUAAGGAGGGUCUUCAGGUUGAUUACAAGGAAGAUGCUGAGAAGGAGGUACCUACUUCUGCCUUCUCAUCCAGUACCCGCAUAGCCUGCCCACUUUGUGACCAAGGCUUCCCACCCACAAAGAUCGAGCGACAUGCCAUGUACUGCAACGGGCUGAUGGGUCAAGAUACAGUGUUGACUCGGAGACAAAAAGAGGCCAAGAGCAAGAGCAAGAGCGGCAGUGGGACAGCUGCCCAGACUUCCCUAGACAUUGACAAGCAUGAGAAGUGUUAUCUCUGUAAAUCCCUAGUCCCGUUCAGAGAGUACCAGUGUCAUGUAGAGUCCUGUCUCCAGCUUGCAAGACGUGAUCAAGAAGAUGAACCUGAAGAGAGUAGGAGAGUAUGCUCAGCUGUGCGAGGGAAGCGUCCACAGUGGCUGCGGAACCCAAAGGAAAAAGGUCACAGUGAAGGCCGACUCCUCAGUCUCUUGGAACAGUCUGAGUACAAGGCUGCAGAUGCAGAGAUAAAGACCAAGUUUUCAGAAACAGGAGCCUUCGGGGUGCCUUCACCAGGGGUAGAAGAGGCAGGCUGCAGCAAAGAAAUGCAGAGUUCCCUUGCACAUCUUGACUUAAAUGAGUCUCCCAUCAAGUCUUUUGUUUCUAUUUCAGAAGCCACAGAUUGCUUAGUGGACUUCAAGAAGCAACUUACUGUCCGGCCAGGUAGUCGGACACGGACCAAAGCCGGUAGAGGAAGAAGGAGGAAAUCCUAAAUUUCUAGGGUCUGAAGGUUGACAAAACCAUUAGCAAUAGGGGUGGGCCAAGUUCAUUAAGCCUUAGUGGCCUCCAGUUCAUUGUCGAGCAAGUUUUGACCCUGCAGUUUUUACCACCAGCACAGACUCAGCAUUCUGGUUUUUAUGUUUUCUAUGAGCUAUACAGACAACUGUGUAUAGUAUUCUGUUUUAUUAUAACAGUCUGUUCGAAUUAACUUAUAGUUAAAAGAAAAUUUAAAUAUAUUUAUCUAUGUUUGUAUGAAAUCUUAUUUCAGUAAGAUGGAGAUGCUGCUUUUUUUUCUCUGUGUUGUGGGGCUUGAGGGAGGGAUAUUUUAAUUUUGGAGCUAGUUCUCAGACUCAGACUCUCAGACUCAUAAAUUACAUGUUUCGGAAUGAA